AUGCCUCGUUGGGGCGACUCGCCAACCACACAACCACAAUCACAAAGUCAACCGGCAUCGCUCUCCCCCUCGCAAUCGUCUUCGGGCUCCUUUGAUUCCCCAGCAUACUAUUCUUCGCCCAGCUCGUCUCAAGUAGGUGGCAGACGAGGUGGCGGCUCCUCAGCGGCUUCUAGCAACAAUACUAGCCCGCCAAUUGCCACAAGCUCCGACACGACCUUGCCUUUUCUCCACCACUCUAGCACUCACAACCUCGCUCAAGCAGCAAAGGCUCUUUCAGCUAGCGGGGCGGUCGCCGGGUCAGCGAAUCAGCAGGAAGCUCGGUCAGCAUUGCGCUCUGCAGCAGGCGCCACUGCUGACACUCGGACGCAUAGUGCUGCAACUCCUUCUCGCAGACUCUCUCCCAACGUCAUGACGUCCAGUCACUCCAGUGCCUCUGUCGCAUACGAUGCUUCGGUAAACUCGGGCGCGGCUCACUCAGGAGUACCUUUCGUCAGAGGCGAUCACGCUGUGGGCAGUACGCCUAUCGAGCGCUCGCCUCGAUCAGGCUACUCAAGGUCUCCUCCCCAAAGCCGCAUGGCUGAACUGUCUCAAGGGCCUGGAACAGAGGACCGGACACGGUCGCGAAGUGGCAAUGGACCUGCUUCCAAAACUCGGAGAACCACUAGUCCGCUGCAAGAGACUUCAUGGGCCGAGGCAGGUCCUUCUCAUCAGCAAGAUUGGAAUGCGCGGGCUGACAGUCUAGAAAGGGCGCGUGGCACCUCGGAUGCGGCUCAAGCAGCGUCUACGGUCUCUCCGCGCGUGAACAUUCGCAACUCACCUAGACGCACGGAAGCGGUGCCGGAUGCAAUUGCGACAGAGGCUUUACGCUUGGCGCAGACUAGCCCACAGUACACGGCAAAGACGCGAAGAAGUAGCAUGAUCAGGGAGUUGCAAGGACAAUCUUUACCUGGAGGCGGGCCUGCACAGCACUUGGACCUCGCGACGUUUCCGCCACAGGACUUGUUGCGCGUGCUCGCUGCAUUGCUCAACCAGAUCGCGACUGCUAACGACGAGUUGAAACCUGGCGGUACGGGCGCUGACCGGCGGAAAGAGUCGAGGUCGAGGGGAGGCAGCAGAAGACAGGAAGGCGCAGACUCAGGCGCGGGAGGCGAUGGGAUGACAGACAGUGCGCAGAAUGGUGCUUCUCCAGCGCCCUCCACUGGCGCCUCUUCCACAACUGCCCGUGAUACGAGGCACGACUUGGCAACCGCGAAAGGUUUGGGGAUGAUGUCAGGAAGUGCGGAUAGCCAAGGCAAAGGAAGCUGGCCGCCGAUUACGACCGCAGCACUGGGUGCUUUGGGUACCCAGAGCAGCACGCUUUGUUUUCACGCACGCAAUGUGCCGAGCAUCAGCAUCGAGUCGUACUUGUUGCGCAUCCUCAAGUACUGCCCGACCACCAACGACGUUUUUCUCUCGCUUUUGGUCUACUUCGAUCGGAUGAGCAGAAUGGGAUUGGGCGCUGCGCCCGGAUCUAGUGGCUCGGGAAGUCCGGCGGGCCAAGCAGCUGGUUUGCCAGCCUUAGAUGGCGAAGAAGCCUCGAGCGGUAGUAGCGCGUUGGCUAGAGAUAAUCCAGGAUUUGCUAGUGCGCUUGCAGAACCUCAUCCUGGGAUGAAAGGCUUCGCGAUCGAUAGCUACAACGUCCAUCGUCUAGUCAUUGCGGGCGUAACGGUGGCCAGCAAAUUCUUCUCUGAUGUCUUCUACACCAAUUCUCGGUACGCCAAGGUCAGUUGUGCAGACCUUUUGAGAUCCACAGAGAUGAUUGUCCAAGGCGCGAUAUCAGAAUGCUUACGCCGUCUUUGACUUUCGAUGUCCCGCACAGGUGGGAGGUCUGCCUGUGCACGAGCUCAAUCAGCUAGAGCUGCAGUUUUUGUUGCUGAACGACUUCCAUUUGGUCAUACCUUUGGACGAGAUGCAGCGUUACGCUAACCAGCUGCUGGUGUACGGCUCGGGACAGUGGAGCCCUUCACGCGUUCGGGACCUGGCUCCGCCGGAGCAACGUGCUGUGCAGGCUGAAGAGCCUCGAAGCGCAACUUCGCCGCAGAAUACAAGCAGCGCUGCAAUGUCGACUUCCCAAUGA